AUCUCUGUUUCUCUCUCUAACUGCAUUCUCCUCCUAAGACUUGUGCUUCAAUAUUAGUCAGCUUGAAUUGAAUUUCCCUUCGGCUGGGGUGGAACCAUCAAUCAAAAGAAUAUAAAGUGUCCCUUGUUUUUGUGGGUUUGUUUACAUGUACAUACAUAUAUAUACUAUGUGUAUAUUUAUGGUGAUGAUUUUGAAUUGGGGUGUUUGGUGGAGGUGGUAAUAAACCUGAUAGUGUGUUGUGUCUGUCGGCGCAAGGUCACUUUCUGUCGGCAUUGUCUGUAUCCACUAUCCAACGAUGAUACACUUCUGAGAGAGAGAAAGAAAGAGUAUUUUUUAUUUUAUCAUAAUAAAAUUAAUAAAAGUACACCGAGAUAGAGAGGUUUUACUUCUGGGUUUUCAUUGCUUACAGAGUGGCACUACCUUUCAGGAAGCAUAUUCAUACCAGUCCUUGACCUUGUCUUUGGAGCCAACUGAGACUUCAAGUGUUGCUCCUGAUCUGAAGGGGUUUUCUGAUUUUGAUGCCACCAAAACCCCACUUUCCAAAUUUGCAUCUUGUGUGGAAGCCUUGAAAAUCUUGGUUUUAUUGUCAGAUUUGUGUUCAGGGUGGAUAAUUGGUUCAUAUAAGGGAAGGUGAAGGGGGUUUGUGGGUCAAUCUUGAUUUCCGUGAGUGGCAUUGGAAGCUCCUUCAAAGUGUCAUUGGUAAAUGAAGCUCAGGCUUUCUGAGAUCCUGCCUCAUUAUUUAUCUCGUGAUAUAGGCCUGGAGAUUUCACAAAAAGACUCCAGGUUUAAUGUAUAAUAAUAGUUCAUAUAAAUUUGAACAGCAUAAGUGAAGGGAUUCCCACACCAGAUGUCAAGUACUCUUGCAGCAAUAUUUGGAGGAGCUGCAGGAGCCGUGGCAUUGGUAGGGAUUGCUAUACUUAUAUGGUUUUGUUUGUCUCGCCAGAGGAAUGCUUCUAGGACUUCAGAGACAGGUUCCUCUGAUCCUUCACAAGUUGGAAGACAUGGUGCAAUCGAGUUGCCUAUACGAGACACUAGACGUUUUGAGAUGGAAGAACUAUCUCUGGCAACAAAAAGUUUCAGUGACAAAAAUUUGAUUGGAGAAGGGAAAUUUGGGGAGGUUUACAAGGGUUUACUUCAAGAUGGGAUGCUUGUAGCCAUCAAAAAACGUCGUGGACUCGCCAGUCAGGAAUUUGUGGAUGAGGUACGUUAUCUCUCAUCCAUUCACCACCGGAAUCUCGUCACUCUUUUAGGCUACUGUCAGGAGAACAAUCUUCAGUUUCUUAUAUAUGAAUAUGUGCCUAAUGGAAGCGUCUCCAGUCACUUGUAUGGCCGUGGUCAACAAUCGCAACAGAAGCUAGAAUUCAAGCUUAGGCUUUCAAUAGCUCAAGGUGCAGCUAAAGGUUUGGCUCAUCUUCACUCUCUGAGUCCCCGUUUGGUGCAUAAGAAUUUCAAAACCGCUAAUGUUCUUGUGGAUGAAAACUUCAUUGCUAAGGUGGCAGAUGCUGGACUCCGCAACUUUCUGGGGAGAGUUGACACUGCAGGCUCCUCUUCUCAAGUGGCAACAGAUGAAAUAUUCCUUGCAUCAGAGGUGAGAGAGUUCAGACGAUUUUCUGAAAAGAGCGAUGUAUACAGCUUUGGAGUAUUUUUGCUGGAAUUGUUAAGUGGGAAAGAAGCAACAGCAUCACCAUUUCCAGACUCUAAUCAGAAUCUGGUUGAAUGGGUGGUAAGCAAUGAAGAGCGUGACAUGAUGUCUUAUGAUCGGAGAUUGGAGAGUAGUUUUACAGCUGAAGGAAUGGAAGAUUACAUCAUGCUCAUGAUCAGAUGCUUAGACCCUUCAAGUGAGAGAAGACCUGCAAUGAGCUAUGUGAAAACGGAACUUGAUAGGAUCAUAGAGAAGGAAAUGAAAUUGACAACAAUCAUGGGAGAAGGAACCCCAUAUGUGGCUCUUGGAAGCCAGUUAUUCAAAUCAACAACAUGAAAGAAAAGGUCUUAAAAAUUGUUUCUUACUUAUAUAUAUAUAUAUAUAUAUAUAUAUAUAUAUAUAUAUAUAUAUAUAUAUAUAUUAUUUGUUAUAUUUGUGCAUUACUUCUUUGCUCUCUUACUUUGCUUUCCCUCAGUGCAUACCAGAAAAUAGGGUCAGUUGCUUCCUAAGUGUAUAAAGAGCACCUGUAUCUCCCUUUAUCCUUCUCUUUUUCUUUUCUUUUUCAUGGGCCAGUCAGUGAAAAGCUGUAUUCUUUACUCUCUUUUUCUUCUUCCCCAUUUUUUCCUUCAUAAAUGUAUGAAUUCUCUCUUGUAAACCAUUA